CCUGCGCAUUGUGAUGAACGACGCUCUUUUAGCUUCCCAACAAAACUCGAAUUCUCAGAGGCAAUUCUGCGUACGAAACGAUUGCGAGGAGAAAAAAAGGGGGGGAACGGAAAACCAGACCAAGAAGAAAGAAGAGAGCAAUGGCGAAAGCAGAGCGUGCAACGGUCUGAAGCAAAAGGCAGGAGCGGAGUCGAGCAAUCAUUUUGACUUCUCACUCACGGGAAACGGCCCCCUCUUCUUCUUCUUCUUCUUUCGUCUCUGCCUUUACUUUCUGUUCUCCUUUUUGGGGAAUUUGUUGGGUUUUUUGAAGUUUUAAAUAAUAGAGAGCUACUGCUGCGACGGACCUAAAAGGGGGAAUCUGAGCUGCCGGAUGACUCUAUUUUCCCUUCCCUUUUGAGCUCUUUACCUCCUUUUCACAACCAUGGCUGAUGACGAUCUCUGCUACUGCUUCACCAAGGAUUCUUUCCUUGGUAAAGCACCUAAGAAGUCUCCAUUGCUCUUGAGAAUGGUUGUUGUGGUGCUUCUAAUGGCCUGCAGUCUGUACAUAUCAUCAGUCUGUCUCAAGCAAGUUGGCAUUGUCAGUGUCGACACCCCGGGGAUCUUGAAGGUUGUCGAAAGGCAGUGCCCAGUACCUAAUAUUGAGCCGUGGGAGAUACCAUAUGUUCAUUACCCAAAACCCAAGAUGUAUAGCAGGGCAGAAUGCGAGUGCAAUCCUGUUCGGUAUUUUGCAAUUUUGUCAAUGCAGAGGUCUGGAAGUGGAUGGUUUGAGACAUUGUUGAACAACCAUACCAAUGUAAGCUCAAAUGGGGAGAUUUUCUCUGUUAAAAUACGGAGGAGAAACGAUUCGACCAUUGUUGAGACUUUGGACAGAGUCUAUAACUUAGACUGGUUGAGUAGUGCCUCCAAGAAUGAGUGCACGGCUGCGGUGGGAUUCAAGUGGAUGCUUAAUCAGGGUGUGAUGCAACAUCCUGAUGAAGUUGUAGAGUACUUCAGAACGCGGGGGGUUUCAGCGAUCUUCCUCUUCCGGAGAAAUCUCUUGCGUCGAAUGAUUUCCGUACUAGCUAAUGAGUACGAUCGAGGGGUGAAGCUGUUGAAUGGGACCCACAAGUCUCACGUCCAUUCACCUCACGAGGCAGAGAUACUAGCUAGGUACAAGCCCUUAAUCAACACAACUUUGCUGAUUCACAACCUGAAGCAAGUAGAGAAUACAACUGCACAAGCCUUGGAGUACUUCAAAAGCACCAGACACAUGAUUCUUUACUACGAGGACAUAGCGAAGAAUCGCACUGUAAGCAUCUAAACAUUUCAUCACACGUGACACACCGAAACUGUGCAUGAUUCAGGGUAGAAUGAAAUCACUUCUGUUUAUCCUUUUGUUUUGCAGAAACUGUAUGAAGUCCUAGACUUUCUGAAGGUUCCACAGAGAGAGCUGAAGAGUCGUCAAGUAAAGAUUCAUAAAGGAUCCUUAUCGAAUCAUGUUGAGAACUGGGAAGAAGUCCAAGCGGCACUACAAGGAACACAAUAUAAAGCCUUCCUCGAUAUAGAUUACUGAUACCUGUAUUGUACAUAGGAGAUCUUUCUUUCUUUCGUUUUCCCCCCACUUUUCAAUUUUCCUCACCCUUUUAUUGCAUGCUAGGUGCGGAGGAGGCCUUUACAGGACUAGCCUUUAAUGUUAAGAGAAUUUUUUUGUGGCUUUUCAGUUAUGGCUUUUCGUUGUAUGUUCGGAGUAAGUUAACAUUCGAUUCAUUCUUUACAGAAAAAGCUCAUUGUACCAGAGAUGAUCAAAAGUAAGGAAUACGAGGCACUAGCAGCUUUUAACUAUGCACUGCUCCUCCUUCCUUUGUUUCAUGUCAAUGUUUGAAACAUCUUUCAAUGUUAACAGUUGGCCACUG